GUGUGUGUGUAUGUGUGAUGAAAACGUAUGUCCCCGCCGCACACACCCACCGAAUUGCUCUAGGCGUGGUCUGAGUGCGAAAAGACGGACUCCGCACUGUGGAGUGGGUGACGACGAUUGGUGGUGGACUGCAGUGGCAACGAUACGUUUUCUGUGCAGAGCGAAAUGUGUGUGAAAAAAGUGGAAGGUUCGACAAGAGCAUACGCUUAAAUCCGCCCUACUCAACCGGAAGUGGCAAACGUGCGUAUCGUGAUCGUCAUCAUCAGCUCUUGGAACGGUUCGUUCGGUUUGACGCAACGGAUUAGUGUGCACGACAAUACUAUUGUCACGGCGACCUGAUCAGUUGAGAGAAUUAGUGAAGAUAAAUGGAUAGUGCCCCAAUGUGCAUAAUCGUCAGUGAUCAAUUCAAUAGUGUAUCUGUGUGUCGGAUAAGGGCGAUGUAAUGUCUCGAAGGAGAUGGUGUCCCGUUAAAGCAAAGAGCCUCUCCAUCGCAUUCACCUUCCCUGAUGGCGGUGUGUUUUAAUGUGUUUAAUGUGUAAAGAUAAACGAUUACGGAAGUGUAAGUGUACAGCGAAAGUAAAUACUUCUCGAUUUAUUUCGGAAACGUCCGAAGGUGCGCACCCCGGUGGUAAAGGCACGUCAUAGACGACAGCCGUUGUAGUGCGUUUGUUCACGGAGCUGUGAGUGCAAAACGGGGCGCAUUCGCGUAACGCGAGUGGCGACAGUGGUGCGACGAUGAGGCCGGGAAGCCUGAAAGACCCCGAGAUAGCAGAACUUUUCAAUAAACAUGAUCCGGAAAAGAUAUUCGAAGAUUUGCGCGAAAUCGGGCACGGUUCGUUCGGUGCGGUUUACUACGCCAAAUGCAACCUCACGCCCGAGAUCGUCGCAAUCAAGAAGAUGUCCUACAUGGGCAAGCAGAGCAUGGAGAAGUGGCAGGAUAUCCUGAAGGAGAUACGCUUCCUGCGGCAGCUAAACCAUCCGAACACGAUCGAGUACAAGGGAUGCUACCUGCACGAAAACACGGCAUGGCUCGUAAUGGAGUACUGUGUCGGGUCUGCCUCGGACAUCAUAGAGGUGCACAAGCGCCCGCUAAAGGAGGACGAAAUCUCGGCCAUCUGCGAUGGUGUGCUGCGAGGGUUAAGCUACCUGCACGGUCUCGGACGAAUCCAUCGUGACAUUAAGGCUGGCAACAUUUUGCUUACCGAGCAGGGCAUUGUGAAGCUGGCCGAUUUCGGUAGUGCCGCGAUCAAGUGUCCGGCAAACAGCUUCGUCGGUACACCGUACUGGAUGGCACCGGAAGUGAUUCUGGCGAUGGAUGAAGGUCAGUACGACGGGAAGGUGGAUGUGUGGUCCCUUGGUAUCACCUGUAUCGAGCUGGCGGAACGGAAACCACCGUACUUCAACAUGAACGCCAUGUCGGCAUUGUAUCAUAUCGCCCAGAAUGAUGCACCAUCGCUCCAGGCACAGGAGUGGUCGGAUAUGUUUCGCAAUUUUGUCGAUUUCUGUCUGAAAAAGUCACCGAUUGACCGGCCAACGUCGACGCAGCUUCUGAAGCACACGUUCGUAACGCGAGUACGGUCACCAAAUGUGCUGAUCGAUUUAAUUGCCAGAACGAAAGCCGCCGUAAGGGAACUGGACAAUCUGAACUAUCGGAAGAUGAAGAAAAUCCUAAUGGUAGACUGCGAGACGGAAAGCAACAUUGGCGACGCGGAGGAUACGCCGGACGAGCAGAUUGGAGGGGACAGCAGCAAGAGCAACAGCAUAACCUCCGAACACUCACUGCCAUCGGUCGAUCAGCAACAGCACGGUGGUGUAGGGAGCGGGCUGAUGAGAAAUUCGUCUCGUUCCCGACCCACCAAUCCGAUGUCAGCGAUGCAUAACAAUUCCGCCGGUGGUAAUGUAAGGGAUAGCAUGCUUUCGAACGUCAUGAUGGCCGGCAUUAGUGGCAGCGGUUCGGGAAGCGGCAUGAUGAUGGCCGGCGGCAUGGGUGGCACCGUUGGCAUGGGCACGAGUGGAAUUCAAGGCGCGGGUAGUGCGGGUUCAGCCGGUGCCGGUGGUGGGCAAGUGAAUAUCGGUGCUAACAUGGUCUAUCACCAUCACAACUCCUCUAGUCCCGUUGUGUCGGCGCACCAUCACCCGCAGCACAAUCACAAUCACGUGUCGCAGGUGGCGGCCAAUGCCGUUGCCGAUCAUGGUGCCAACAACUUCGCUACUAUCCGCACGACCAGUAUUGUGACAAAGCAACAGAAGGAACAUAUGCAGGAGGAAAUGCACGAGCAAAUGUCGGGCUACAAACGUAUGCGACGGGAGCAUCAGGCGGCACUGGUGAAGCUGGAGGAAAAGUGUAAGGUGGAGAUGGAGCAGCAUAAAUCCGCCCUGGACAAGGAAUAUGAUCUUUUGCUGCAUAAUUUUACCCGAGAGCUAGACAAACAAUCUGCAAAACAUCAGCAGGAGAUUGUGCGAAGGAUUAAACAGAAUGACGCGGCAGAGAAGAAGCUGCACAAGGAAAUAUCGACCAGACAGGAGGGCGACCGGAAGGCGUUCGAAAUCCAUCGAAAGAAGGAGUACAAGGCAAACAAGGAACGCUGGAAACGGGAACUAUCGAUGGACGAUACGACGCCCAAACGGCAGCGUGAUGCAACCUUGCAAACACAGAAGGAUAACCUCAAACAAGCGGAACAGCAGGAGGAGCAGCGGUUGUUGCGGGUACAGAAAAACUACAUCGAGCUGGAGAUGCGAAAAUUCCGCAGGAAAAAGAUGGGAUUACUGCAUGACCUCGAGGAUCAACUUUUGCGUGACGAGCUCAGCAAGAAGCAGCAGCAACUAGAGCAAGCACAUGCCAUGCUAAUUAAACACCACGAAAAAACACAAGAUCUCGAGUAUCGCCAGCAAAAGAGCGUACAUGCACUUAGAGAAGAGCAGAUAUCAAAACAACAUGAAAGUGAACUGCGAAACCAAAAGGAGUACAUGGACAGGGCCGAGCGAGAGUUGUUACGAAGACACGCACUCGAAUUAAAACAGCAACCAAAGAGCCUGAAGCAAAAAGAACUCCAGAUUAGGAAACAGUUUCGUGAAACGUGUAAAACACAAACAAUCCAGUAUAAGGCACUGAAGCGGCAGAUACUGCAGACAACACCUAAGGAAGAUCAAAAGGCUGUGAUAAAGCAACUAAAGGAAGAGCAACAUCGUAAGUUAACACUGCUCGGUGACCAGUAUGAACAAAGUAUUGCUGACAUGCUGCAGAAGCAGAGCCUUCGUUUGGACGAAAGCCAGGAAGUUGAGUGCCACCAGCUGAAGGAUCGGUUACAGUACGAGCUGGACAUUCUGACCGCUUACCAGAGCAAAAAUCGCAUGCAGGCGCAAGCGCAACGCGAUCGCGAGCGUAAGGAAUUGGAGGAUCGUGUCAGUGUCAGACGGGCACUGUUGGAGAGUAAGAUGGAAACUGAGCUGCAGCAGUUCAAUCAAGAGCGUGCCGAACGGAUCCGCCAGCUGAAGGAGAAACACGACAAGCAGCUUGAGGCAUUCGACGAAGAGUCUGCCCGGAUGGGCUUCAGUGCACUAGCCUUAGCGGAAGCAUCGAAGGAAACGUACCCGGAUGAGGAAGGCAGCCUGUCCGGAUCGAUGCUGAGCCUGGCGCACAGUAACAGUUCCACCAGCUUCCCAGCUGGUUCUCUAUAGCAUAAGUCCUCCAAAUGGAUGACCCUGUCGAGUCAGCAUUCGAUGUAAGCGAAAGGCCUCCUUUUACCAGUUUUUGCAAAGUGCAAAGUGCAGUUAUCGUCUGGAAUUGUCAGCGGUCAACAUUGGUACCCCAGUGCCCGAGUGUUCUAGCAACACUUACCGUGAGCUGAGUAAGGCAUGUGCACGAGUCGUGCAUAUGGAGGGCGAUUCUGAGAUUAUAUGCGAUGGAGCAAAUGAAGCAGGGGCCCACGGAUAGACUGAUAGAUCGAUCAAUUGGAAAUAUGGGUUCGUUUCGGGGCACAGAGAAAGAGAGAGAGACACACACACUGGUUCGAUAUCGCAAUAGAAAGUUUGGAAUUAAUCUAUUGUGGUCCGGGUGCGCGCCACACACGGCUGCUGCUGUCGGUGUGUUGUUGUUUUUUUUUGUUUUUUGACGUUUUGGAUAAAUGUACUCGUAUGUUUUAUGUAUGUUUUUUUUCCUGUUCUGUGUUACCAUGCGCUCUAAAGGCACCACAUAUUCGGUUUCAGCUUUAAUAAUUGUAUGUUAAGACGACAGACUACCGCUAUCGAACGUUUCGUUUCUUUUUUUUUAUUUGUUUUACUUUAUUCAUUUGCCCUGCCCUUAAGAAAUAAUGAAAUGACGGAAAAGAUCGUGUGCUAGCAAAUGAAACACCCAUUUGAUGAGUGUGAGCUCCAUCAGCGUUACACUAUAUUGGCACACACAAACACACACACACAUGUUGUUUUCGUUAAUUCUUUCGCACUUGUGUUAUGUCCAACUACCGCCGAAAGAAUGUCUAGUCAACAUGCUAUUGAAAUCACUUCUUGACCGCUAAUCUUCUUACUAACAAUCAAACAUCUAAAACAAAUUAAAUGAAAAUAUUACUAACAAAAAAAUACUCAACACUAUCCAAUACCUACCAAAAGAUCGACCGACCGAAGGUCUUGUGUUUCGGCAGGAAACAUAAAUUUACUAUUUCAAACGUUUCGUUAUCAUGCUAAACGCAAACGUUUUUUCCCCCAUCCGUCUCUGCGGAGAGGGAAUGUUUGAAGAACGGUUUGAAUGUAAUAUAGGAAAAUCAUUUAUUCUUAGCCUUUUUGACUGCUGCGACUGAGAAUGUGAUCAUGAAGAUAGGGGAGGAAAAGCUACAAAAUCUGAUAGAUUAAAUAGAUUUGUUUGUAAAAAAAAACGAACUGGUAAAUUGUUGUAAUAGCGUUAGAAACGAAUCAUCGAUCUAUUCCUGUCGUCGCAAAACAAAAGACGUCCAAACUGGGCUGAGAAUUCAAAGCCAGGUGUUGAAGUCGGUAAUAUGGUCCAUUUUUUUCUCUCUCUCAACCACAAUCUAUGGGACAAUUGAUUGGCGUUUCAAUGAAGGCAAAGAAACACUUCCAACCAGACACACAAUAUAGCCAAAUUUAACAUCCACACCAAUAACCUUCUGUUUCCGUUCAUUCGAUUCGAUGAUUCGAUUAAAUGAUAUGUGUUAACAAAAAGUCGUUUCUUUGUUUUUGUUCUUUUUCUUCAAUUCGGCGGUAAACACAUUCGUUACGUAUGCGUUAAGUUUAUACUAUUUUAGUGUAGAUAAAAUUCUGUACCGAUAUUAUGAAUGAUUUAAUUAAUAAUCUAUACACGUACCCCCCCGGGGGUGGUUGUGGGAUGUGUUGUCUCAGCUCGGACAGUUCGAUAGACAAAGGAAACGGAUUUGUUUUCUGUUUUCUCGCCCCCAAAAAACCCAAAAGCAAGUAUCUGUAUUGUAUAAUUGCUUCUUCACCCGAACCAGAUGGCCAAGCUUUCAUUGCGUAAAGUAAUUAGAUAAAAUAAAAGGCAUACCUAGGUAUAUAAUUGUGCAAAGUAAAAGGGUUCCGUUUGUGGCAUUACGGCAUAUGGGAUUAGCAAAAGGCGAGAGAAUUCAAACACAGAAAGUGUCUAUCGGUUGGUGCAUUUAUAAGAUUAUACAGAAACGAAAUUGUAGUAACAUAUAAUCAAUAUCCUAUAAACACGAAUAAUGGCAAAAUUUUUGCAGCCUUGACAGAUCUGACAAAGCAGAGAAAGUCAACAAGAAGCGAUAGAAAACGUAUGAUACAGCGAACAGACAAAGCAAAUACAUGAAUAAGCGCGCGAACGCGAAUCCUUUAGACAAUAUAAUAGACCACGGAAGUAAGAGCCGAUCGCUAAAUUGGCCGUUCACAAAAGGGAGGCUAGUAGAAUGAGGGCGGAUAAGUACACUAAUCACUGCGCGUCGCUUAGCCGAAAAAGGGUGGCAAUUUUUAUCAACCAACUUCUUGCUAUUAUCGUCUCGUAGAACAAAACGGGGUUCUUCUUUAUAUUCCCGUUCCUGGCUUUGUUAAAUUUAUCUGGUGACGUGUAGUAGGUCGUGUAGGGGCAAAAUUUGCAACAAUGGAAAUAAAGCUUCCGUACAACAAGCCACACUUGUGCUAUGGUACAGUGUGACAACCUUAACAUGAGUUCGAUGAAGGGUUUAAUACUCUUCGCUUAAAGCCGAUGGGUGCUUAUUCUGCUUUCUUAUCAUGCUAAUCCAAGAACCGAAUGUUGAGCAAUCUGUUGCGCAAACUGUUGCGACAUUUAAGUUUGAUUGAAAAAGCGUUACAGAAACAACGUUUAAUAACGCAAAACAAAACCAAUCCUGUCAUCUGUGUGUAGUUCUCUGGAGCAAAAGAAGCCAAACAAUCAGAUAAUCCAGUCUGGCGGAUUAUUAGCAGCAUAUUACGGCCACCGUUUGGUUGGAUUCAAUCAUUGCAUCCAGGCGUAGCUUGGUAUAUAAAGCGAUCGAUCGAUCGUCGAUCGUGAAUAAUAGAAACCCAAUUAACAAUUACAUAAGUAAGCAUAAUCACUAUUAUUACGACGGAUAGCGAUGAAAAGGAACGGAAUGUGAAUAAACACGAGUCUAGUUUAUUCGUUUUACUGAUUAAAAAAAAAAUCAUUGCUUUAGCGAACAAAUAUGAAGUUAAUACAAAACACAAGAAGGAAAAAAUGGAACGCGGCGGAAAAGCAAAACAAAAAUGAACAAACGUAAGAAAGUAGUUAAAGACAAAAUGCAAUAGGCAACACGCUAGGGGCCGGGGAAGGGCAACCACCGUAGGGAAGGGAGCAAUGUGUGAUGGAUAUUUAAAGUAUAUUAGAUGCCUCAUGCACAUUUUUACCGCAAAGUGAUGAAAGUAAAACCAUAAUAAUUAGCAGCAAAUAAACAAUCUAAUAAAAAAAAAACGAGGAAAGCAAGCAAGCAAAAGCAGUAGUAGCCACAACACACCGCGUUUAAUAUAAAAAAAAACAGCAAGGAAGGUGGAAAAGAAAAGAAUGGAAAAGCAUAAAAAAGACAUACAAUACACAUCGCGUAUGCUUGUGAAGUUUAUAACAAAAUAACAUAAUACUGCUACCAAUAAUAGUGACGAAAUAACCAAACUGUGUGCAAGCCCCGUAGGCUGGCGUGAAAGGUUACAGCAUUUGCGCGUAAAAUGUGUAAUGAAUGUGCUACCACUGUGGUGUAAAGUUUUACACGUUAAUUCUUUUGCACUCUUUCAGCUAAAAUGUUUCGGACACGACACUACACACACUACUACUACUACUACGCAGAGACACUUUUCCGAUUAACAUACCAACAUACAUAAGUAACACUGAAAUACAUUUUCCUUAUAUCGCAUUACAAAAAAACACGUAUAGGACACAAGCAAAAGGGACAGGAGCUAAACAAACAAAACACAGAGAUACACGCUGCGGUGACUCAAAAGUCGGUGUAGUUCACACGCAUGUCGCACACGCUAGGUCGUCCUUGUAUGUAAGCACGGAAACGUAUGUAAUCUGUAAAGGAUUUUAUCUAGACACAAAUGGGGUGGGAACGGUUACGAGAGGGAAAGUUCUGUGUGAGCUACUAAUACCCGCAUGGAAACGUGGUGGAAAAUUGGUGGAAAAACUGUAAGCAAAGCGAAGAUGCUGUGGCAAACAAAACGAAAAGGGGAAAUAGUUUAAGCGUAUCGAUAAUACCAAGUACUGCAACUGCUCGAAUAGUGAAGGGAAAGAAUAAGCAUACAAUUACUAUCAAAGGGACAGUUUAAAAACAACAUCAAACAAAACAACUAAUAUAAUCGAAUGUGUAUUCACUAAUCUUUCUUUUGUUAGUUGCUGGAUAGAACUACGCCAUCUGCUAUUUUAUUGGGGGGAGGAGGGGGUGGCGGUGCACAGACGAUUAGAACGAAUGGGUGUGUUCGUAACGGACAAUACAAUAAUAUUUCUUUAACAAACUCCAACUUUUUAGUGAUGUUUUGUGGUUUCUCCUUACAAUGAGGCCCUAAAUCACACAUAAAAACGCCGAAGGUGUUAGACUGCCUCAGCAGCGACAAGGAUUGAUCGUUAAAAAAAAUCAAGUGACCCCAGCAUUUCCUAGUGGACAACAUACAGCACAGCUCCCCCAAAAAAAAAACACUAGUUCCUGUAACAUAUGAGAUCCGUACGGCAAGAAAAUUCGAGCAUAAGCCAUGGUGGGCGGAAAAGAGAAAACAGGCCCAGAAAAAGGUGCGUCAGUAGCGGGCAGUAUCAGCAGGAAAACAACAGUUAGACGAUUCUUUUUGUACAUACAAUUAACUAAUGUGAAUAAAUGCAAGCCAACGAGUAGUAAGGGACGACGCUGAUACGAAAGAUAACGAUGUGGAACAGAACAUGAACAGAAAGCAAAAAGAUGGACAGUGGGUAAAGAAAUGCGUGAAACGGUGAAGUAAAGAAGAGAAAACACAACAUUCAAACAAUACAUACUCACAAUGCGAAACUUA